UCGCAAUAUACGGCGCAAAGGGAGCCGGGUACCAGAUUUAGCUUAGCGCCGGAGGAAGUUACUCAUAGAAAGCAAAAGUAAGAAAAUACUUGGGAUACCCUGUAUGUUUGAGGUAGGCGUUUGAUCUUAGAAGAUAGCGGUUGUUUCUGUUGUUGAUCGAUGUGACCUGAUGGAGACGUUACCGAGACAAGUUACCAUGGUUUCUCUCUUUCUGCUGAUCUGCUUCGUCUCCAUCUUUGUCAGUGAUGCAGCAGAAACCAGUACAUCAUGCCCUGAAGUAGCCUGCUUUGGGCGGCCAGUCAACAUCACCUGUGACAUAACUGGCCAAUACGACUCUAUCGGGUUUUCGCGGCGAGAUGCUAUUGAAGUAGUAACGUGCCUGAAGAAUAAAGAUAAAUGCUAUUUUAAUGUUCAAGGUUAUGAGGUGGUGUUACGCUCAGAUGACAAACACAUUAUGCGUAUAAAGAGUCUGAAUAAGACAGAUGUUGGAACGUGGAAUUGUCGUGAUGGAACAAAGCCACUCUUGAAGACUUGUAGCAUCGAAGGAUAUGAUGUAAGACAGUCCCCAACUCCUGCACCUCCGUCGCCUGACUCAGACAACUGCAUCCACAUCCCGAAAACUUUCCGUCCGCAAACAUUAUGUGAAGGUUUUCAAGAGGAUGCAAAUGUCAACAUUACUAUCAGGAUGGCCGAGAACAGCUACAGUUUCACAUCUGACCAGUACAAAGAAAAUGAUGAGGUAGAACUUGAUGAUGCCCCUACAGGUGGGGAACUGGAAUGCAGUGUCACCGGGCCAGCCGCCCAGUGUUACACACCCUCCAAUAAGAAGACCAAAAUAUGUUCACAUCCUCCGGUUCCUCCAUGGGGCAUCGCUCUCAUUGUCUUUGCGAUAGUGAUCAUCAUCAUCAUCAUUGUUUUGGUAGAUUGCUUCUGCUGCAGGCCAAAGGAUAAAGGGGUCAUUCACUUCGUGGAGGCCAAGCUGAAGUCCAGGAAAGCUGAUGUAACAACUGCAGGUUCGGAAAAAGAAAAACCGAAGACAGAAGGAGGGACAGCAGAAACAGAUAGCCCACCUGAGACAAAGCCGCUCCUGGAUAUGAAGACAACAAAAAGCAAUUCCCAAAUGACUGUUGAGAAUGAAACGGAGAAGGCAAAAGAACUCGAACCUGAAGACAAAGAUGGAGGUGCAACUGAACCCAAGUCUAAAGACAAAGGUGCUGACACCGCUGGGGACAAAUCUCCAGACAAAGGUGUGGAUGGUACUGGCGACAAAUCUCCAGGCAAAGAUGCUGACACCACUGGCAACAAAACUCCAGACAAAGGUGCUGACACCACUGGCGACAAAACUCCAGACAAAGGGCCUGCUGUCCUUGUCGUCCAAUCUGAAAACAAACAAGCAACGUAGAUACUUCUGCUCUGAGACAAGGCCGGAGAAACAUGGAGACUGACGUGGUGAGAAGAUGAACAUCCUCAACUGGGGUGUCUGUUCACAUCCAGGGCAGACGUCAACUUGUGAACUGGUUCUGACUGUUUGCUGGACAUAGUUGCCCAGUUCUCAAGUAGACAUAAGCAGUCAGCCAUUACUGUUUUAACGGAAUCAUUUUGAAAUUUUUAUCCAAUAUCAGUUUCAGUUAACUGUCUUUUAUCAAUGCAGUUUGUACCGUACAGAGUUAUGUCCCUUACUGAUGUAUUCAAACUGGUUUACUGUUUGUGUGAAACGUUUUACUUAUAAGAGAGGAUAGAAACAGUUUCCUGAAAAGGGCAAAGAAGGUAACUCUCCUCAAAAUAUUAAUAUAAGUGUUCACUGUUUCACAUUCUCUAGUGAAAUAUCUUUGUUUUAUUGGAUAAAUUUGCUUGAUUCAUGAGGUGGUUAAAGAAAGUGUUACACGAUAAAACAUUUGAAUAGAUAUAUUGGACUCAAUAAUAUGCCUCACUUUGUAUAUUUCAUGGAUAUACUUGUUGUUAUUGUCUGCACAUCUUAUGAUUUUAAAAUACAUAAAAAUAAACAUUUUAGCAUUAUCAUGUGAAAUCCAUUGUCACCAACUUGACCCCUUGUGUUCGCGUAGUCUAAGACAGAUUGUUUAAAACUCGAGAUGUGGGCAGGCAAUGCUGCCACAUUGAGAUGAAUAUUUCUUUAAGUCACUGCAGCAAGAUUUACAUUAAUUUUCCCAUAUAAGAAGAUACAAACAAUUUAUUAAUUGGCAACAAAUAACCUUUCACAAAUAUGUCCAGUAAAGAUUUUUGUUGUUAUAAAACAAUCAAGUUUCAUAGGAUUUUGUGAAAGAGUUAAUUUUUUUAAACAAAUCCCAAAUCUUCAACCAUAUAUAUGAAACAAAAAUAGUGUUUAUAUUUCUUUUAGUCAGUGCAUCAAGAUUUACAUUUAUUUCACUGAAAAAAAGAUAUGGUUGUUUUUGAUUGGAAACUUAGUACUUUUCACCAACGUGUCCAGGGAAGUUGGGUUGUUGUUUUUGUAAAAUGUAGGAUUUUCAAGUGGAGCGUCGUUGUUUAAAUCUUAAAACUAGGGUUGGGACGGGUACCCCACCCCUAUAACUCUACCCUACCCUGAUUCGCGUUAUGUUAAUUCCUGACAUCAAAUUUGGAAGAAAUGGCAAUAUAUUCUUUGGCUCAGAGACUAAAAUUUGUUUUUUCAAUAUUUUAACCAUGUAAUAUAUUCAAAAGAAGUGACUGUAAAUUAUGUUUAAAUCUUCAAAAACAAUACCACCUUUUAAUCACGAAAGAAUAGCAUAUUACAUUGUUUAAUCUAUAGCACACAUAAUGAUAUGUUGGUCACAUGAUCAAAAUGGAGACAGGUACCCAUGUCCAACUCAUUACCCACCCGUCCCGGGUAUCCGGGUUACCCGUCCCAGCCCUACGUGAAGCAUCAGUUUGAAAUGGAGGGAAGCUUUUCAUUUUGCUACAGUUGCGUGUACUGUAAAAGUGUUCUGCAGUGAACAAAGCCUUGUGGUAUAUGUAAUUCAAAGACUUUGUUAUUUCAGCCUUACCAUUGAAUAUUGACUGAGCAAUGUUUUAUAUAAGUGGGAACAUUUUACCAUCAGUAUUUCAGCUUUUCUUGUCAAGGCCUGAGAUCAUGUUAGUAUUCAGCAUUUAUUGCACAUGUGCACUAACUUUGAAUUUUCAUUCUUUUGUAGUCACUUUUCAAUUUGGUAAACACAAAUGUUUCUUCUGUUCAAAAUAGGAAACAGUUCUUUGAUAUCAUGGAUGUUUUAAUUCAAUGAUUUCUCUAUUAUUAUUUUCAGUAUUUACAUUUGUAAUGUUUAUGUACAUGCUCACUUGUAUUUAGCUCCAAGCAUGCAAUGGGUUUGUUCUGCUCAAUGACAAUUUACUACAAGUAGUUCUUAAAAUGUUCAUGGAUGAAGAGAAUAUUUGAUCAUUCUGGGAUGGGAUGGAACCUGCUUUUGAGAGAGGAGUACACGUAUGUCUUGGAGAUUGUUGAAAAAUGUGUUCAUAUGUAAUUUCUUCACACUGUCUGUUCCCUCUAAGGGACCGUUCAUAAUUUAUGGCUUGGAGGGUGAUGAUGAUCUUAAGGGAGGUCACCCAUUUUUUUUUUCACUUACUUUUUACAUAAAUUUUAGGGGUAUCAUUCACAUUGUACAUAGCUUAUCCAUAAAAACACACACACACACACACACACACACACACACACACACACAGAUGCCAACCAUGAUUUGGCCCAAGUAGUAUUUUGGCCCAAACUGAUACAAAAAUUAGUAUUUUGUGGCCAAAAUUAGCAUUAACUUUUCCAAAGGGUUUUCAUAUUUAUAAAAAAUAUAUACAGAUAUUCUAAGAGAUUGUUAUUAACAGUGUACUCACCUUAAUCAGUAUCCACAUAUAACUUGCUACUGAAAAAAGUAUGGUUGAAAUAUAUUGUGUAUGAUACGUAUGCUAUUUGAUAGUUUAAUUCAAUGUAUUU